UUCGUCCUAUUACCAGAAAUACAGAGUAAACGAAAUUAGGGCGUCGUUGGUUCAUCCAUGGCAGAGAUUGAGGUACCUUGGGAUGAUGCUGGAAGAGGAGGGAUUGCGGUGGUUGGAGAUUUGAAAGAGUCAUCGUCGCCGGUCCAUAAGAAGCAGAGAUCGGACGAAAAAGAUGAACUGGAGUUUUAUGACGAAGACAUUCGGCAAAUAAAUUUACAAGCUGAUCAAUUGGUUUAUACCGAAAAAGACCAUGCCUUGGAUAGCAUCAUUUCAAUUCUGAACGACUACUACCCUGAUGGCUGCAAUGACGAGAAUGAUGUAUGGUUUAAGUACUGGCGACAGCUCGUAGAUAGCGAGGGCUUUGAUAUUGACCCUAUCCCGUACCAUGAUACUACGAAGCUGCCUAUCCCGUACCAUGAUACUAGGAACCUGGCCUUCGUUCCAUUACUGGAGUUGGAAAAUUAUCCAGGCAUUCAUGAGCGUAUUAUUAAACAGGCAAACCUUGCAAUUGAGCAUCACAACCAAAAGAAAGACACAGACUAUGAGUUUGCGAAGGUUGAGAAGGCAAACGCACGAUUUUGGGGUCCAACUGGUGCCAAUUUUUAUAUUACCUUCCUGGCCAAGGAUUCUUAUGCUGCUUGUGGUUUGACUACCUUUCAAGCUCUGGUAUGGGAAGGUGCAGAACCUGAUGAAUACUAUGUCAAGUUCUGCAGGCCUAAAGUAGUUGCAAAUUGACUUAUCUCUUGUAAGUAGUUGCAAAUAGGGAGUAUAUAAAGGAAAAUCUUCAAUCGACUGAUACAUUGGGGAACAUGCCGUGCUCCUAACUGGUUUUGACAAAGAAGAAGAUGGAACAGAGGUUUUUGAAUUCAAAAAUACAAGCGGUUUAGCUUUUGGUGCCCAAGGAUUCGGCAAACUCAAAAGAGAUCUCAUCUUUAGCAUAUCAUAUCCCAAAGGAGUGUUAAAAGUUGACAAAAUAGAUAAGGAUGGGAUAGGACACAAAUAUAUAAUGGCAAGAGGGUUGCAAAUUCAUGUUGCUGAGAUAGGGGCCGGAUCUAGUGUUGUGUUGUUCUGCUACGGGUUUCCCGAAAUGUGGUACUCAUGGCGUCACGUUAUUAUAUCCCAAAUAUGCUAUUUUUGUUGAAGGCAUAUCCCAAAUAUGUUAACUAUUUAAAUUCUAUGUACAUAAAUA